AUGCAACAAGAUGACUUGAAUAAGAAACUUGAUAAUGAACUAGAACAAUUAGUAGUAAGCUUUCGAGACAUGGUUAAAGCCGCAGGAUUUGAUAUUAGCCUAAGAAUUCCCGAUAAUAGGGAAGUGGAAAAGGAUAAAUACAGGAAUGCAUUGGACGAAUAUGUUGGUGAGUUGCGAGCUGCAAACUUGGAAAGAGCUUGUCAAACUCUUCUUACUCUGACACAUGAUUUAAAGACGACUCUCUUGUUGAAUGACACGAAAACUUUAAUGCGAUUGCGCGAAACGCGUAAAAACGCAUUGACUGCCAGAACUCAAAAAAUAAAGAAUAAGAUUGUACAACUCAAUGAUGCAGUCAGUGAAGCCAUUUGGGAGAUGGAAAGUGUGUUGGGAGGUGGUCAAACGCAUAAUAGUGGGCUUAGACAAUGA